ACUACGAAAGAAAAAAACUCCCGCUCAAACUUGUUUGGAGGGCUUAACAAAUUUCAGUUUUUUUUUUAUUAGUUUUUCCCAUUAAUUUCCAUUAAAAUCAACUAAAAACGUGUCAAGUAUACUCGGAAUCGUUUAUAGAACCUCUGUAGUGAUAUCGCGACAUAAAUUUCCUGGAAAUAGUGAUAAAUACCGGUAUUUUCCAAACACAAGCUUUUGUUCUAUAAAAAAAAAAUGGCAAAAGUUCAACUUUGCAAUAUUACGGUUAUGGACAAUCCGAGCCCCUUUUUGAACCCGUUUCAAUUCGAAAUCACGUUCGAGUGUAUUGAAGAACUUAAGGAAGAUCUGGAAUGGAAAAUGAUAUACGUUGGAUCAGCUGAAUCCGAGGAAUUCGACCAAGUUUUGGAUUCUGUUUUUGUUGGCCCCAUUCCAGAGGGCAAGCAUAUGUUCGUAUUCCAGGCUGAUCCACCAAACGUUUCGAGAAUCCCAGAAAACGAUGCUUUGGGUGUAACAGUUGUCCUUCUAACCUGCUCCUACAGAGCCCAAGAAUUCAUAAGAGUGGGCUACUUCAUCAACAACGAGUACAGCGAUCCCGAGCUCAAGGAAUUGCCACCCAGCCCACCACAAUUCAACAAAGUUACCAGAAAUAUCUUGGCUUCAGAACCCAGAGUUACCCGAUUCAAAAUUAACUGGGAAGAACCGAACGCUCAGGAAUCCAUGCCUGGACCAUCAGAAAAUGCCGAGCCUAUACCUAUCCCGCCACUAGGACAAACACCCAGUUUCAAUGAAAGUUCAAACUCUUGGGCUACUAUGGAAUGCUCUUAGACUAUCAAUAUCUUAUACAUAAUAUAUAGAGUAAUUUGUAAGAUGUUCAUUUGAGUUCUGGAUUUUUAAAAAAAAAAAUUCCCAUUUGAUUUGAUUUGUUAUAUUGUGUUUUAAAGUGGAAAAUAAGCUGUGAGUAGACAUUGUUUUGAGGCAAAAAACUCUCACUAUCCAUAGGAAAACAAGAUUUCUCUGUAAAUAAGCAUCCCUUUUGCACACUCUGUCAAAAAUUUCUUAUGUCUGUGGAACAAGUGCUAUAUAAAUUUGGAAAGUCUAGAGUUCAGGAUCAGAGUCAAAAUGAGCUGAGAGUAAUAAUUAUUGUCUAGUGUGUCUCAGGCACCUAAAUCUCAACCUACAUUCAGCUUAUUUUUAUUCUGAAUAAUCUUAACAGAUGUUCAAAAAUAUGCGCAUAUCUGUGUCUUCUUGACUUAAGGGUUUAUUCAUAUUCUUUUCAUUUAUAGUUAGUGAUAUUUAUUAAUAAAUUUUUUGGUACCCUUA